AUGAGAACUUCAACAGAAAAAGGUCACGAGCUUUAUUCUGCGCGUGUUCAGACUUUGAUUGAAAAGGUGAAGUGUGCUUGGCGUAAUUUAGAAGACUUGUUCAAUAACAUUACCGACGAAUCUAAAUAUGACUUAGGAUUUCUUAGACAGAUUGAAGAUGACACAAAUAGACUCAAUUCUUUAUAUAUCCAAUCUGUUGACCCUCUGCUUGAUUACUUGCAACGCACCCGUACUUCUAAAAGUGAAAAUGAAUUAGAAAAACAAAAGGCAUUGGAUCAGAAACGGUCAGACAUUGUUAAUCAGUUCUUGAAUGCAAUAUCUCACAUGCAAUUGGACAUUGUGGAAAACAUGUCUGAACGUUCGCUUAAUGGCAUCUACAAGACGAGAUCAGUGGCUGGGUCUACUAAAUGUAGAACAUCAGUUCUUCAAGCUAAGAAAAUGGUCGCAAAUACGAACUUAUCCUUUCUCGAGAAAGAGCGUGAGUUACGCAAACAAAUUAUUGAAUUGGAAUCUCGGUUGACUGCUCUUAAGGAACGUAAAAACAUUGCAAUAGCUGAGGUGGAAAUGAACUACUCUAUGGACUCUAUUGCAUCCCAUGAGGUACACAGGGACAUUAAAGUGGAAAUGCCAUCUCCGGGAGAAAAAGUUAAGGAUUACAUCAGUACCUUACCUGAUCAUCCACCUGUUGAUGACGAUUUGUUGAAUACUGAUCCACCUAUUGACAAUGUGACACGUGGUUUGUCUCCGACGGCAAAAUAUUUUGUACCUAGUCCUCAAACUAUUCACGAUCGACAAGCUCCGCAAGUCAUCCAGCAAAUGUUUCCUGCUAAUAUUCUGACUGACAUGUCUACCUGUUACGGCAGAAAUAUUAGUACAACGCUUGUAUUAAGAGUAACGCAUUAA